GCACGACUUUCUGCCCCCAGCAUCCAGCUCUGCAGCAUCUCCCGGCUUGGUCAGAAGUGGCAUCGUGAUGGUCUGCCGCCUCGGUUUUAAGGGCCGGGCAUCAUCCACAGCGGUGCUGGUGGGGAAGGGGGGAGCAGCGUGUAGCCUCAGUGCUGGCACCGGGGUCCUGUCCUGCAAAACGGGGUGUUACCCUGCUCCCCCCGCAUCCCUGCUGCAAGUUGAUCUUGCCAGGAUCGAAAGCGGGCUGCGCCUCUCUCUUCCUAGCUGUAUUUUUUUCCCCGUUUGCGCACAAUGUAAUCUUGAAGCCUGAGUCUCUACAGGCCCAUAAAUUUACACGGGGAAGCUCAGCUAAGCUCUGGUGGUUAAUCCAGAAGUGACAGUGAACGGAUCUAAUUGUUGGUUUGGAAGCGGUUGGUGUUAUCAAACGGAGAAACCGGAGUUAAGGAGCUGGAUGAGAGCUUAGAAAAUCAUUGUUCAGUUCCUGGCUCUGCCAUGGACUUCCUGUGUAAUCUUCAGCAAGAAGCUUAGGCCAAGAUUUUGAAAGGUGACCUGUGAUUUUUCAAAAAGUGCUGAGCAUGCACCCUUUGAAAAUCACACUACUUGCACAGUACAAGUGAAGCUGGAGUUAGGGCAUCGAGCCCAGCUGCGGAAAAAGCCCACCACUGAAGGGUUUACUCAUGACUGGAUGGUAUUUGUCCGUGGCCCAGAACAAUGCGACAUCCAGCAUUUUGUGGAGAGGGUGGUCUUUCGGCUACAUGAGAGCUUCCCAAAGCCGAAACGUGUGUGCAAGGAACCCCCUUACAAAGUGGAGGAGUCUGGCUACGCUGGCUUCAUUAUGCCCAUUGAAGUAUAUUUCAAAAAUAAGGAGGAACCGAAGAAAGUUUGCUUUACAUACGACCUGUUCCUGAAUCUGGAGGGAAACCCACCCGUGAACCACCUUCGCUGCGAGAAACUGACUUUCAACAACCCCACUAAGGAGUUCCGCCGCAAACUUAUUAGGGCUGGAGGGGUGAUGGUAAUGCCAGAAGGAGCAGAAACUGUGUCCAGGCCAAGUCCUGACUAUCCUAUGUUACCCACAAUACCACUCUCGGCCUUCUCUGAUCCCAAGAAGACCAAACCAUCCCAUGGGUCAAAGGAUGCAAGCAAGGACAGUAGCAAAGUAUCCAAACCACAUAAAGUAACCAAGGAGCAUAGAGAGAGGCCAAGGAAAGAUUCUGAGAGCAAAAACUCCUCCAAAGACCUCGAACGAGAACAAAACAAGCCUUUGAAAGACUCCUCUAGAAAGCCAGCUGAGAACAAACUGCCUAAGGAGGAGAAAGCACCUCCUAAAGCUGCUUUCAAGGAACCAAAACUGGCUGUGAAAGAGACCAAACUGGAGAACACUUCUCCAAAGGGUGGGCCACAGCCGGAGUCGAAGUCUUCCAGCAAAAGGCCCUCCAAUGUGGAGUCACCAAAGCCUAGUGCCAAAAAGCAAAAAAAGAGCAGCUCCAAAGGGGGGAAGAACAUCCCAGGGACUUCUCCUCGAACCUCGUCUUCCUCAUACCCAGAGAAGAAGCAAACCAAGGAGAAGACGAAUGCCAAAGUGGAAAAGGUAAAAUCAGAAAGUGAAGCCAAGGAGAUCAAAAAACCUGUGGAGAUGGAGGAGUCGAAUUCAGAGGACGAAACUUCUUUUAAGUCAGAGGGGGACUGGGUCCUGUCUGGGUCCACUCCUUACCCCAGCAAUGUGGGCUCAGGGAAAGGAGAAACUACCAGGGUGGAGCCAGCCAGAGAGUCAAACCGUCAGGAGCAGCAGCAGCAGCAGGGGGUGAAGUCUGUCCUGUCCAGUCCCUCCAACUCCAGUUCCAGCUCAGACUCCAGUUCGGACUCAGAUUUUGAACCAUCUCAGAACCACAGUCAAGGCCCAUUGCGCUCUAUGGUAGAGGAUCUGCAAUCGGAGGAAUCGGAUGAUGACGACAGCUCUUCUGGGGAAGACACACCUGUCAAACCAAACCCAGUCAGCCGGGAUUCCAGACUGAGCCUUAGCGACAGCGACAGUGAUAACAGUGCUGAUUCCUGCCUGCCAAGUCGAGAACCCCCUCCCAGUCAGAAGCUGCCCCCAGCUAAUAAUAAGCAUUGUUCUGUCCAUGGUGCCAUGGACUACUGGAUGCAGCUCACUGCAGAGCUCCUCUUCUCCACUGUCCAGGCAUCUGGAAGAAAGAGUCCAGAAUCCUGCAACAAGCCAGAAAAGAUCCUGAAGAAGGGAACAUAUGACAAGGCUUAUACUGACGAAUUGGUGGAGCUUCACAGACGGCUGAUGGCGCUACGUGAGCGCAAUGUGCUGCAACAGAUUGUAAAUCUCAUUGAGGAAACCGGGCAUUUUAAUGUUACCAACACAACUUUUGACUUUGACCUUUUCUCCUUGGAUGAAACGACCGUCCGUAAGCUGCAGAGUUACUUGGAAGCAGUGGCAACAUGACGCUUAGUCUUGGAAAUGGGCUGCUUUUGAAACCAGAAAUCCCAUCUCUUGGUACCAGGAAAUAAACCCAUGGAACUAGGCCUUCUUACUCUCUUGAUUCACCCGAAGCACUGCCUUAGAGAACAGCCAUGCUCUAUGAAUGCACAGCCAGCUGCACUUUCUUGUAGUCUUCAAACAAGUACCCAUAUCGCUGUCUGUCCUCCCUAGCUUCAUAAGUACGCUUGGGCACAGGUACCAAGUAGCGCAAGAGACGUGCUGCUCCCAGCUGCACAAAGUGACUUUUUUGGUUUCACUUCAAGAAACUGUGUUUAAGAACACAUUUCCAGGUGUCUCUGAGAUCCGAAGAAAUUUGGACGGUGGUUUCUUCACUAAAUCUAGGGACCAGCCUGCUGGCAGAGAGGCUCAAGCGAGUCAGGUUUCCCCCAGCUCUGUGGAGAAUUGUUCAUGCUGUGUAGACAAGAUUGGCUUUUACAAAGCUAGCCGUAUGACUUACGACAGAAGGCUUCCCAAGGGGUCCUGUUGGUCUAUUGCAGAGGAAGUGGAGAGAUGCCGCUUUGGAUCACUUGCAAGCUCUGUAGUGGUUUGGUACAAAGUAUUGUCUCUAACUUGGUUCCUGAUCCCUACAAGGUAUCGUUCCAUAUGCAGAGAGUACAGGGCCUUAUUCUGUGUUUCAGCUUCCUGGAGAGACAGUUUGUGCUCUUUGAAGAGGCUCCCGAAUCUGCUGUCUCCCACUGGGGUUUUGAGACCUCUUGUUUAUUGAUCCAAGCUCCUAAACAAAGUCUCACUCCUUUCAGUCUGCUUUAACUGUAAUGGGACUACAAAACUGUA